UUUUCAAAGAAAAAAUAUUAUAAAAUAUAACACCAUAGAUUAUAGAUGUGUGAUCCUCUGAAGACUGAACGUAGUUAUAAAAGGACAAACCUGCAAAGUUUUGUUUCAGACAAUAUUAAAGAUUCCAAUAAUAACCAUCUCUCCCUCUAACUACCUCUUCAAAAUACCAAUAUAUAUUGUGUUAUUAUUUUUAUAUAUAAAAAUAUAUAGUAAUAAUAAUGUGGAAAAUUAAAUUUGGAAGUGGAGGUGAUGAAGAUCCUGAUUUGUACAGUACAAACAAUUUUCUGGGAAGACAAAGAUUUGAGUUUGAUGAGAAAGCAGGGACUCCUGAAGAGAGAGAUCAAGUCGAAGAGGCUCGCCACAAUUUCUACAAAAAUCGUUACAAAGUCACUCCCUCCAGUGAUCUCAUCUCCCGAUUUCAGAUGCUAAGGGAGAAUAAGUUCAAACAAACAAUUCCUCAAGUAAAAGUGGAGGAUGAUGAAGAAAUCACAUAUGAGAAAGCAGAUGCAGCUAUGAAAAGGUCUAUUAGUUUUUGGUCUGCAUUGCAAUCGCCCCAUGGUCAUUGGCCAGCUCAAAAUGCUGGUGUCAUGUUCUAUAUUCCUCCAUUGGUAUUUUGCAUGUAUAUUUGUGGACACUUGGACAAAGUAUUCAAUGAACAUCAUAAGAGAGAAAUGUUAUGGUACAUGUAUUGUCAUCAGAAUAAAGAUGGAGGGUGGGGAUUGCAUAUUGAGGGCCCAAGUAUGAUGAUGUGUACGGUUCUUAACUACCUAGCCAUGCGUAUUCUUGGAGAAUCUGCUGAUGGUGGUCUUGAUAAUGCAUGCUCUAAAGCUCGAAAAUGGAUUCAUGAUCAUGGUGGUGCUGUUGGCUCUGGCUCUUGGGGGAAGACUUGGAUGGCAAUACUUGGUGUCUAUGAAUGGGAAGGAUGCAACCCAAUGCCUCCGGAAUUUUGGUUUUAUCCAUCUGUGGUUCCACUUCAUCCAUCCAAAAUGUUUUGUUAUUGUCGGUUAACCUUCAUGCCUAUGUCCUAUUUUUAUGGAAGAAAGUUUGUCGGUGAGAUUACACCUCUCAUUAAGCAACUAAGGGAAGAAAUUCACAUCCUUCCUUACCAAAAAAUCAAAUGGAGCAAAAUGCGUCAUGUAUGUGCUAAGGAGGAUAACUACUAUCCUCACGGAAAAGUACAGCGUCUCUUAUGGGAUGGUGUGUACUAUCUUGCCGAGCCUAUUAUUAAUACAUGGCCAUUCAAUAAAAUAAGAGAAAAAGCAAUUCAAAGAGCAAUGGAGCACAUACAUUAUGAGGAUGAAAAUAGUCGAUAUAUUACAAUUGGAUGUAUCGAGAAGCCAUUGAUGAUGCUAGCGUGUUGGGUCGAAGACCCUCAUGGAGAAUAUUUCAAGAAACAUAUUCCAAGAGUCGAUGAUUAUUUAUGGGUAGCGGAAGAUGGUCUCACUAUGCAAAGUUUUGGUAGUCAAACAUGGGAUUGUAGUCUCACAGUUCAAGCACUAGUUGCUGGAAAUAUUAAUAAGGAAAUUGCAGCUGUACUAAAGAAAGCACACGAGUUUUUAAAGAUGUCUCAAGUUAGAGAGAAUCCUCCUAAUCAUUUAGACCAUUUUCGACAUAUUUCUAAAGGAGCAUGGACUUUCUCUGACCGUGAUCAUGGUUGGCAAGUUUCUGAUUGUACUGCUGAAGGUUUAAAGUGUUGCCUUUUGUUAGAAAUGAUGCCAUCGAACCUUGUGGGUGAGCCAAUGGAAGCAGAGCACAUGUAUGAUGCUGUAAAUGUGAUAAUGUCAUUACAGAGUCCAAACGGCGGUGUUUCAGCUUGGGAGCCAACUGGAGCUCCAAAAUGGUUGGAGUGGCUCAACCCGGUGGAGUUUCUUGAAGACCUUGUUAUUGAAUAUGAGUACAUAGAGUGCACCUCUUCUUCAAUCCAGGCAUUAAAUCUGUUUAGGAAAUUACAUCCUAGGCACAGAAAGAAAGAGGUUGAUAAAUUCAUCACCAAUGCUGCUAAUUACCUUGAAGAUACACAAAUGGCUGAUGGGUCUUGGUAUGGAUAUUGGGGAAUCUGUUUUGUGUAUGGCACAUGGUUUGCCAUUAGAGGAUUGGAAGCUGCAGGAAGACACUACAACAACUGUGAAGCGGUUCGCAGAGGCGUUGAGUUCUUACUAGAAACACAAAGAGAAGAUGGUGGAUGGGCAGAGAGCUACACUUCUUGUACUAACAAACUCUACACACCUUUUGAAGGAGACCACUCUAUCUUGGUGCAAACUGCUUUAGGACUAAUGGGAUUAAUUCAUGGGGGACAGGCUGAAAGAGAUCCUACUCCUAUCCAUCGUGCUGCAAAAUUAUUAAUGAAUUCUCAAUUAGAAGAUGGUGAUUUCCCCCAACAGGAACUUAUGGGGGUUUUUAUGAGGAACUGCAUGUUGCAUUAUGGAGCGUAUAGAAAUAUCUUUCCUACUUGGGCUUUGGCUGAGUAUCGUAAUUUGGUUCCAUUACCAUCUUCAAAUUAAAUGAAGACUAGCUAAGAUAUUGCAUGUUUGGAGCAAGCUAAAUGAAGAUAAGAUUGGAUUAAAUUAAAUAUUGAUUUUUAUUUGUAUGUAAAUUAAAUUAUUGAUAUAUAUUAUUUUUCCUGCAACCCAACAAAAGAAUUUUGGAUGAAAAUCAGCAUAAUUAAAUGUACAAUUUCAAAAAUAUAAUUAAUACCUAUUGCAAAAUGUUUGAGGAAA